UAUUAAUCAACAUGAGAUGUGGAGUCUGAUGUCAGUGAAGAUGUCAGGAUCUGGGGAGGGGACGGGCGUAGACAGUCUGUAGGUGAGGUCACAAUCAAGAAGGGAUGAGGAAUCCUAUCGCGUCUACAUUUGUACGUUCCUGACAAAUAUAAGAAAUAUAGUCUACACAUCAGUGCCGUUUUGUAAAAGAAACAUGACUCCCGUGUGACGGUCGUGCUUAAGUAGUGCUAUUACUUCCAACAUCUUUACGGUAUAAAAAAUAACAUCUACCGACGUGAUGUCGUCCGGAAAUGAUUCUGACGUUAGAUAUAUUACAUUGGGCGAGUUUCUUCAGGAAACGAGAUUCGAUGCACGUCCCUCCAGCUUGCCGGGAAACAAUCAGACCAGUGACAUCUUCCCCGAACAGCUGGACACAGACGAAGACCUGCUUGACGUGCCAAAGCAGGCAGACAUCAUUCGGAACAUGAUCUUGAAGGAGGAACAUCGAGACCUAGAGGAGCGACUGAUGAGGAUACGUCACAAAGAGCGUAAGGAAACCGUUGACUAUCGUAUCGACGGCAGCUCUGCCUUUUUCAUUUGCUGCGCUAGUAAUAAUGUUGAUCUGUGUAGUUUUCUGCUAGACCGAUGCGGGGCGGAUGUGGACCAGAAAGGGACAGAUUCGCCUUUUGGUUGGCAGCCUAACUUGCCGUUGUGUUCACCCCUUUGUUGUGCUGCCAGACACGUCGAUUCGUUACCAUUAGUUCGUCUGUUGAUAGAACACGGCGCUAAUAAGAAAGGUGUGGACGAGACUGGAACGACCGCUAUACAAAUCGCAUGUCAGACAGGCUGUAUGGAGACUGUGCUGUACCUUUUCGAACACGGGUAUAGUGUACACGACGUCUCUCCCACAGGGAAGACGUGCCUCAUACUAGCUGUACAGAAUACUGAGAUAUGUAAGUUCCUGAUAUCUAAAGGCGUCGAGGUGGACCACGUCGACAGCAACAGUUCGUCAGCGCUUCACUACGCCGUGCGUGACGGUCAACUGGACACGGUUAAGUUGUUUAUAGUAUCAGGCGCUGACGUCAACAUGACAGACAAACAGGGUCUGGAUGUUAUUUUGCGCGCGGCGUCGGCUGUACAGGUUGGAGUGGUAGAACAUCUCAUGCAUGACCCGUCUAUACCUGCGCGGUCUAAAGUACUUGCGUACAAACUUCUCGGAAGCAGCCUGGCUGACACGGGCAAAGAGCUAGAGGCUGUAUAUUGGUGGGACAAGACCAGACCCCGCGAAUGUGACUUCGCUAGUGACGACUACGUCCAGCAGCUCAUAGCAGACGGACGGAAGUUAUCAGUUGGCAUUGCUAGGUCCUCACAACCAACUGAAGAACUUGAGCUUCUUGAGAGGAUUCAAGCAUAUUCAGUUCGAGUCAAAAUUGAAAUAUUCGGACUUUGUCAUCCACAGACAUACAAAAGUCUUUGUAGAUUAUUAAAUAUUAAUUUCCUCAUGAUGAGUUUGAAACACAGUCUCAAAUUACUGCGGUACGCUGCCGAGGUGUUCGUCCAAAAAGAUCAGCUUUGCAAUAAAGCGGCGCCGUAUAUCGCGUCCCGGUUAAUGAAAGUGUUCAACAGGAUCUGGCAAUGUAAGAAAGAAGUAAAACCGGAAGACAGAAGCAGUAUCAUAGCAGAGGUCAUCGAUAUACUGGGAAAUCUCAUCGACCAUGUAUCGGAACAAUACAUACAGUCGCGCUCAGAUUCGGUGGAGUUCGAGCAAAUGGAGGACGACAACAUAUCUUCUUUUGUUGGGCUUUCCAGCGUGUAUUCUCACAAACAUGCGGAGGUGUUUGAGUGGAUGUGUUUGGCGCUGGAUCUUGUGUGCAUCGUUAGAUCGUUAGAACCUAACAUCCGAGAGGAAGCCAAGCUCAUCAGCCAUCUCAGCAAGCUGGUAGAAGCAGAUCCGAGAGGUCCAUCAGAAGAAACACUUCUCCAUAUCGCCGUUACCUUGAACCCCAACUAUCGACCAUACCUCUCCACCGACAUGGUGUUUCGCUGUAACAGGUACGAGGUCGCGCGGAGCCUCAUACACGCAGGUAUUGACGUUAACGCUAUUGAUGUGAACAGGAACAUACCCCUUUGCUCACUUUUACAGGUAAAUGCUAAUUGGAUUGAGGAUGAGAAAACAUUGAUCAACCUGUUGUUGGAAUACGGUUCCGAUAUAGAUAUACGUAACAAGGACGGACUUACCACUCUCGCGCUGCUUCAACGUGCAGGGAUCACAAUAUGUCAGCUCAAUUACCAAAAGCUACAGUGCUUGGCGGCGGCUACCAUCAGGAGCCAUAACAUCAAAUUCGCAGGAUAUGUUCCGAAAAAGAUUGAAACGUUCAUAACUUCCCAUUAAUGUCCAUUCUAGUUGAGACACCUGUGACCUGAUUUUUAAUGCGGGUGUGAUGUGAAUCCGGAUCACCUGAAGGUUUUUUAAACGGGCCAAUGGCAAUUUCUUAUGUAACACAAUCAAUAUAUUGGAGGUGUUACAUGUAAGACAUAACUCCGUUAAUUUGAUUUUACCUGGAAUAUCAUUGAAAUACAUUGAUUUUCCGGAUUAACAAGGAAGGGAUGUUCCUGAUAAAGGUAAUCGAUCGCGAGAAGUCGAGAAAACCGGGGUCCGGAUGAAUCAGUUUUUACUGUACUUUUCUGAUGUAAUGCGUUGCCAUAAAAUUGCCACUAAAUCAUUUUUUUCUUGUAUAUAGAGGUUCUCAAAUAUAUUGAUUCGGCCUCAAGAAAUAUGACAUACAUAUAGUUAUACAAGAAAAUCAACCCGCCAUGUAUUGCGAACCAUAACUUAUAUUGAAACUGUACAAGCCAUGGUCCUGUGAAUUACACGUGUCCAAAUCGUGGAACUAUUUAUAACACGCUUAUAAAUCACCGGAUUACGAACUAUACGUGUAACGAUUUUAUGCACAACGAGAAAUCCAAUGGGUACAGAAACAAAUGUGGUGUUAAUCGGAUAUGAUAUAUCAAACUUAUCACAUUGUACAGGACACCUGUGAUAGCCACUGUAGUGUACAAUACCUAUAGCCUAUAUUGUUGUUAUAUAUAUACCAUUGUUACAAAUUUCUAGUGUAUUGUCCACCUGUUCUCAAUACUAUGUAGAUAUACGUUAAGGAAUAGUCCAGAUGCAAACAAGAAAUGGAACUAUAUGUGUACGAUAUUUAUGUCUUAAGAAAUGUAUAACAGGUAUGACGUUAUAAUCGACGUGAUACGCUAGGGGACAUGUUGCAUGCAUGAUAAGUGUAACAUGUUUGAAACGGACACUGCAUUAUUAGGAAACUUGUGUUAAUUGAACCUUCUGCAAGGUCCCAAUGUGUGUAUUUCUAUUUAAAACGUGUGUAGACCAGGUACGUUACUUGGCCCCAUCUCAGGCGCGUAGCUGCCAUGUAAACAUAUACAUAUAGAAAAUCCUCAUAUGAAUUAUUCAAUUUGUAUUUAUCAUGUGUGGUCCGAAAUAGUGAUUAACUGUUUGCAUGCUUUUAAAAAUUGUUAAAUUUCGCUGUUCUUGUCCAUUAUAAUGAACCAUAUAUUUCCAUU